AUGGGGUGUUUAUCGUGGAUCCGAGGGUUAAAAAUGCCGUUUCCUUUUAAAGAUAAGGAACUGAAUAAAAUUGCAGCUCUUUUCAAUGUUUCUACAUUUCUCCUGACAUGCGCUGCCCUAGUUCAGCCCAGUUGGUUCAGGAUCAAAGGAUUGCACUGUACUCAGAGCUUGUCUUUAGCACAAUUUUUUUCUUUUGACAAUGAUGAUGAUGAUGAGGAACAGCUUACAAUAAGACAGAGUGAAUUUGAGCCACUACAAAAUGUACAUGACUAUAACGGUCUACCUCCUUGCACAACGCCAGAGACAAUAACUCUAAUGAGGAUCCUUAUAUUAUUAUGCUUUAUGGUGCUUCUUUGUUCUUGUAUUGGAACCCUGAUCAACCUUACAAGCCUUAACAGCCGAGCUAUAAAAAUGUUAAGAAGGAAUGCUAUUCCGAGCAUAAUGUGUGUAUUUUGGGUCAUAGCUAUUGUCGGUGUAUGUUACUAUACUACUGUUGUACUAGGAAAUGCAAACAACAGUGACCCAAAUACCAUCCAAGUGGAUUAUGAAUACGGAUUUUAUACUAUAACUGGAGCAGGUGCAUUGGCCUUGUUAGCAUCUGCUGCAAAUCUAUGGGGAGCUCCACUGUCAAGCGACGAGGAUGUCCAGAGACGGAACUUAAUGGAAGACUGGGAUGGAUAUGAGGCUCACAGCGUGGGCCCUACACCUGCCGUGCCUACCCUGCCACCGUACACGCCGAGCGCAGAGUACGUGCCCACCAUUCACCCCGCCUACGCGCCUCCAGUUCUCGGCUCACAACAAUACUUCCCCUUCGAUGACCUCUCAGUACUUCCACCUCCACCCCCAUACACCCCUUGA